UGGUCCUUGUGCACGUUUUGGUUUUGUUGUGUUUUGAUUCUUUGUUUUCGGAUAUCAAUGGAACGAAAAGAGCCCAAUUCUUUUCAAGCUUUGGGUCUGCGCCCUUGGCUGGCUAAACAACUAACCAAAGUGGGCUUAAAAGAUGCCACACCCAUACAGAAAAGCUGCAUCCCUGCAAUUCUUUCUGGUCAGGAUUGUAUUGGCGCGGCCAAGACAGGAUCUGGCAAAACCUUUGCAUUUGCUUUGCCCAUCUUGGAGAAGUUAAGCGAGGAACCUGUUAGCCACUUUGCUUUAGUGCUGACGCCCACACAUGAACUGGCCUACCAGAUAUCUGAACAAUUUUUAGUAGCUGGCCAACCAAUGGGGGUGCGGGUAUGCGUGGUAUCAGGAGGUACAGAUCAGAUGAUCGAGAGCCAGAAGUUAAUGCAGCGUCCACAUAUUGUGGUGGCCAUGCCCGGUCGACUAGCGGAUCAUUUAACUGGUUGUGAUACCUUCUCCUUCGACAAUUUAAAAUAUCUUGUAGUAGAUGAGGCGGAUCGCAUGCUGAAUGGAGAUUUUGAUGCCAGUUUGGCGAUCAUCGAGAAAUCGCUGCCAAAAGCCAGACAGAACUUGUUCUUUUCCGCCACCAUGAAGGACUUUAUAAAGGAUUCUAGCAUAUUCCCGAUAGCAAAUGAAUGCUUUGAAUGGUCUGAAGAAUCACAAGUUGCCACUGUAGAUACCUUAGAUCAGCGAUAUUUGCUUUGUGCUGACUAUGAUCGGGAUAUGGUAUUAAUUGAGGCCUUGCGUAAAUAUCGCGACGAGAAUCCAAAUUCAAAUGUUAUGAUUUUUACCAACACCAAGAAGUACUGCCAACUGUUGUCGAUGACCCUCCAGAAUUUAGACAUUGAAAAUGUCUGCCUGCAUGGCUUCAUGCGACAAAAGGAGCGCGUUGCGGCAAUAAGUCGUUUUAAAUCGAAUCAUAUACGCACAUUGAUUGCCACCGAUGUGGCUGCUCGUGGCCUGGACAUACCUAGUGUUCAGUUGGUUAUCAAUCAUAUGUUGCCCCGCACACCUAAGGAAUAUAUACAUCGUGUUGGUCGCACAGCGCGAGCCGGACGCAGUGGCAUGUCUAUUUCGAUCUUUCGAUUCCCCAGAGACUUGGAGCUGCUUGGCUCCAUUGAAGAUGAAAUUAACACAAAGCUUCAGGAGCAUCCUAUUGACCAGCGUAUGGUAGAACGAAUAUUUAUGCAAGUAAAUGUCACGCGACGCGAGUCCGAGAUGAAACUAGACAACAAUGACUUUGAUGAACGUGCCCAAAACUAUAGACGCAAAACUUGGAUCAUUGAAGGAAAGGACCCUGAUCAAAUGGAAGCGCUUUACCGCAAAAAGCAAAAGGAUAAAUUAAAAGAAAUCCGCCGUAAACGCAAGGAGCAGCAAGAGAAGUCAUUAGGCAGUGAUGAGAAACAGGCUUUGAUGCAAGAUGAACGCUUUCAAACCAUGGACAAAGAGCGUUUUGAAAAGAGACCUAAACGAAAAAGUGAGACGGCCAAUUUAAAACAUCCCAAUGCGAUAAAGAAAACGAAAACCAAACCAAGUUAAAACCAACUUUGUACAUUAAAUUGUUUAUAACAAGACACAAAAAAAUUGAACUUGAUAUUGCACUAACCUAAGCAGUAGUUUGGGCAAAAUGCGGAUUAAAUAAUUUGCAAAAGUUUUACACAGAGAA